GUGAAAGAACAACAGAUAUCAAAAAUUUUUUAUGGCGAUUUCGAACGCUCUCUCUUUGAUCUUCCCCUCUUCUCAAGAGAAUGAUCUUCUUGCUUGGAGUGUUAAAAGGGUUAAGAAUGUCAAUUCGAUUGUUUCUGCUUCCACUCAAGAAGAGCAUAUGGCAAAAGUUGAAGCUAAUCCCCUGUCCUAUACAGAUAAAUUGCUCUGCGAUGGCAGUACUAAAAGUUCCGAUAUGGAUCUCUCAUUUGAUGCCUUUCUAGAAUAUCUAGAUGAAGAAUCAGCUAUUGAUGAUGAUCUAGAUGACCCUACUCCUAUUAUCCUCUUCUCCAAAGAGGAAAAAAAACACAUGCGUGAGCCGUGGAAAAAUGCUCUCAUUAUUAAAACCUCUAGCAAGACAGUAGGAUAUAACUUUCUUUAUGGAAGCCUUAAAACCCAAUGGAAACUAGCAAGUAAAUGGGAUUGCAUUGAUCUAGGAUAUGAUUUUUUCCUUGUUCGAUUUCAGGUGCAUGAAGAUCUCAACAAGGUCAUCAAUGGAAGUCCUUGGUUUGUUGGUACAAACUAUCUUACUAUUAGACCAUGGGAACCAAAUUUCAAGCUGGAAAUCGCAACCUUUUUGCACACUGUGGUGUGGGCACAACUGUCGAGUCUUUCAGCAAAGUAUUAUGACCUAACUUCUCUACAACGUAUUAGUAAUUCAAUAGGAACCCUUCAAAGAAUGGAUGCCCACACAGCGCAUCAUACACAUGGUCAAUAUGCUCGUGUGUGUGUCAGAAUAGAUCUGGAUAAACCCCUUUUCAAGCUCCUUCGAUUGGGUAAAAUCUGCCAGAAAGUUGUUUAUGAAGGGAGCAAAGGACUUUGUUUUGCGUGUGGUCCGAUUGGCCAUCGUAAGGAGCCUCAUCUAUUCCUCUUAAACUUUCUUUGGAGACUAGUUAUGAACAAACCAAUGGUGGCAUCACCAACUCCCCAACUCAGCCCCAACCUAAAAGUUCUACUAGUCAACAACAACCAUGUGAUCUCAAUGGAGGAAGCCUUAGAGUUGAUGCUAUCAAGGGAGAAGAAAACACACCCUCUGUGGAAGGAGAGAGAUCUGUUCAAGUCAAGCUGCAAUCCUCUACUAACUCUCAAAUCCAUAGAUCUGAAUCCUUUAGCUUUGAAGGAAGAUCAGACAGUUUUGAUAGAUCAAUGCAAGGUUCUAAAGCUAGAAUCCACUUUCGAACAACCAGGCAUAGAAGAAAAAAAAGGACCCUAUCCAACCUUUGAGAUUCCUAGCUCAAGCAUGGUAAGAGAAUCUCCAAAUUUUAGAAAUAAUGGGCAAAAUGGAGAAGAUCCAUGUUAUCGUCAAGUCCUCAAUCCUGCUCAAAACGAUGGAGAUGGAUUACGAUUGCCUGAUGCUUUCGUACCACAUUUAGGAGGCCUCAAUGAUGUUGAUGCACAAGGAAAUUAUGGAGCUAAUUUGCUUUCUUGGAAUUGUCGCGAUGUAGCAAAAUUUGAGUUCAAGAGGCAUAUUACAGAUUUGAAGAAUCAACAUGCUCCCUCAAUUAUGCUUAUUCUUAAAACCAAGCUCUCUGGUCAAGAUGUUAAGGAAGUGGCGACUAAUUGCGGAUUUCCUUGCAUACAUGUGGUUGAUUCUGACGGUAAAGCUGGUGGUCUCUGGUUGUUAUGGGAUGAUGUGGAAGCGUGUGUUGAUGUCAUCACCUCAACUUUUCAAUCAAUCCAUGCAAUUGUCAAGGCCCAUGACUUAACUUUUCUUGAUAAUUCUCCUACCGAGAAAGAGAUACAGGAUGCUCUUUUCGAACUCAAGCCUUUUAAGGCUCUUGGGCCAUACGGUCUCCAUCUUGGCUUUUUCCAAAGAAUGUGGGAUUCAAUGAGGAGUACUCUUUGUAGUGGUAUUGGUAAUAUUUUCUCCUCUACUUCUAUCCCUACUGAUUGGAAUGAGUGUUUAAUCACGCUUAUUCCCAAAAUUAAAGCCCCUGAAAUAGUCCAGCAGUUUUAGCCUAUUGGCCUCUGUAACUACUACUUAUAAAUUUGUCUCCAAGAUUUUAGUCAAUAGAAUAAAACAUGUCUUGGAUA